AUGCCGAAACAAAAGAACAGCGUUCAAGCCGUUGAAGAGAUGAGAAAGAAAACUGCCGAAGAUCUGCUGAAAAAGUUACCAGAUAUAAAAGAAAGGCAGGAUAUUGUCAAUGAAAAUCUUAAACGUCUUCAAGAAUUUCGCGAUAAUGAACCAAACCCAAUGGGAAAAGGAAAAACGAAACAUCUUGCUGCUGUCACCAGCACCCACGGAGCAGUAACAGCUCAACAAAUAGAAUUAAAAAAGAUUCUCGACGAGCUACGACGUGCUUCUGAAGUAGACUAUCGAUCACAAAUGGAAGGAGACUUGAGUCGGCGAGAUUUAAUGGAGUUAAUCAAAAUUCGAGGCGAACUUCUUCCCUUAUGGGUCAAUAAAAGCUCAGGUUUUCCCGGAGAAUAUGUCGGAGCUAUCGCACCACACGAAGGAUCGAAAUUAAAUGAAGGAGAUGCAGUUGCGGCAUUUAAUGAUAAAACAGAAAUUUGGAUUUUGGCAGACAUCAUGUCGUGCAAUUCCAAUUCCCGAUACGAAUGCAAAGAUGUCGAUGGUGAAUCGAAGAAGCUAGCUGUCUUCUCCAGAAGUCAUCUUAUUCCUCUACCAAAAUGGAAGGCCAACCCAGAUUCGGAUAAGCAUGCUUUGUUCGCAAAAAAUGCCAUAGUUCUCGCUUUAUAUCCUCAAACAACGUGCUUCUAUAAAGGAAUAGUCCAUUCUCCUCCAUCAGAUUUCCGAGAACCAUACCAAGUGGCUUUCGAAGAUGAUAGCUACAAUUCUGGUUACUGCCCACCGAUGCCAGUCGCCCAAAAGUAUGUGGUCGCAUUUAAGGAGGUUGCUGGUAUCACCGCAUCAACUGCCCCAAAGAAGGGAAACAAAAAGAAAUAA